AUUGGCGGGUAGCAAAUGUCAUCCUGUGACGCAAACGCUCACAACGUUGAUAACAACAAAGGAUGAUGAAUUAAUGAAGUUUCAAACUUGCUUUAUGCUAUAUAUCCAGUCAUGACCGUCUCGUUUAGCGGGGUUUUAUGUACCACUGCAGUAACUGAGAGGUUAGUCAUGCAGCUAAAGGAAAAGUAAAAGGAUUGUGAUAAAGAUAUAUCUGACUACACCCAGCUGCUGUGCGUCUCUUCCUCAUGUUGGAGUUUAUAUUGUCUGAUGGGAUCAACAGACUAGAUUCAAUCAAAAGCUCUUAUCUGUGGAGGUAGAGGCUCUGCUCUUCACACAACAAAAUGAUUCGUAUAGCAGCACUAAAUGCUGCUUCGGCAGCAGCAGAUGAGUCUCAGGAUCCCCUGAGAAGUAGCAAGAGUCAGACGAAAGAGGCUCAGGAAGCUGAGGCAUUUGCUUUAUACCACAAAGCUUUAGAUCUGCAAAAACAUGACAAGUUUGAGGAGUCUGACAAAGCCUAUCAUGAGCUUCUCAAAACACCUCUGCUCAAAGAGGCUAUGCCCUCGGAUGAUCAGAGAGUGGGUCUCAAACAUCCUGGACUGAUGUUGAAAUAUUCCACUUUUAAAAACUUGGCCAGUAUGUCAGCAUCACGGGAUGAUCUGGACACUGCUAUGGAGUUUUAUUUGGAGGCAGUUAUGUUGGAUUCCACUGACGUCAACAUGUGGUACAAAAUUGGUCAGGUGGCUGUGCGACUGGUACGCAUUCCACUGGCUCGACAUGCUUUUGAAGAGGGAUUGAACUGUAACCCAGACCACUGGCCCUGCCUGGACAAUCUUGUAACCAUUCUCUACACACUCAGUGACUACACCUGCUGUUUGUUUUACAUCGCCAAAGCCCUGGAGAAAGAUCACUGCUACACUAAAGGUCUGGUGUUGAAGGAGAAAAUCUUCAAGGAGCAGCCCUGUCUGAAGAGGGACACCAUGCAGAUGUUCACGAAAUGUGAUAUGUCUAUUCACUAUGUGGAAGUGGAGAAAGAGGAAUGGGACUCUGUUGUGGAGGAGGCAAUGGAGAUACGAAGGCGCAGACAGGCUCUCUCUCAGUGUGAACCGAAACCUGACCUGGUCCUGACUCAGCCUAUCUGCUGCCUCUCAUGGAAGAACCUCGGCGAGAGCCUUCUUGCAAUGUACAAACAUCAGACCACAUGUGAGCCCCCACGCCCAAGUCUUGGUCGUAGAAUUGACCUGUCAGAGUACCGUGACCAAAACCUCAUCCAGAAGCUCCCCCAACCCAGUAGCCCGGUCAGUAUGGGUCAGACUACCGUGAUGAGCAGCAGUCCAAGCUCAUCCCUGCCACCAACGGCCCUCCCAGAGCCACCAGUGCUGCCCCAGCCUGUAGUUCAACCUGUAGUUCAACCUGUAGUUCAACCUGUAGUUCAACCUGUGGUUCAACCUGUAGUUCAACCUGUAGUUCAACCUCAGAUUACCCCCAGCCAGACCACUGUGGAAAUCACCACUUCUGCUCCCCUUGUGGCUACAGCCAUGGAAGUGUCACUGACAGAUAAAGCAAAGAAAGCUCCGAAAAGGAAACGUGUGGUGGAAGAUAGUGGCGAAACAGCCAAGCGUCGAUCUGCACGAGUUCGAAACACAAAAUGCAAAAAGGAAGAGAAGAUUGAUUUUCAGGAGCUGCUUUAUAAAUACCUACCAUCAAGGCUGAGGAAGUUUGACCCUGAUAAUGAUGAUGAGAGUCUGAGCAAUAUGGAGACACAGUCUGACGGGAAGGAGGACAUGCAGCCUCUGCAUGGGAGUGGAUUACCUGUGGACUCUGUUAUAUGCAUGGAAUCAGAACAACAGGAUGUCCACAACUUCCUGCUGAAUAAUAUGUCCAACGGUGGCAUACUGGACCUGAUGAUGCGCUAUCUGAAAGCUGUGGGUCAGAAGUUCCUGGAGGCCUGGCCUCGGGGCCUGACUGCUGUAGUGUUGGAGGUCUAUCAGAACUGGAGGAAGCACAGCUGUGGUCUUCCUAACCCUCUGCUUCGGGACUGCAGCAAUCAACACAUGCGGGACAUGUUGGCGAUGAGCUUGGCGUGUAUGGAGUUGCAGUUAGAGCAGAGGUUACACAUCAAAGGGAAGACGGGGUCACCAAGAAGAAGCAACAUCGGCCCCACCAAUGAUACAGCUGAAUCUGAAUUCCCAGGACAAUACUUCGAGGGUGAUUUGUUCAUCCUGGCUUUAGGUUCAUCCCAGAAAGACAUCUUUGAGGAAGAGUGGGUGGAUGCCAUGGUGCGAGUCUACUGGCUCAAGGCCCGGUUCUUGGCCUUGCAGGGAGACAUGGAGUCAGCGCAGGAGAGCUAUGAUGUUUGUAUAUCUCUGUUGCAAAGCAAACCAAAGACCUCAGAAGGGAAAUUAUACACUAUAAACCUGCCAAACCUACGCAUGGAUGCAUCAAUAUCUGUGGAGGAGAUUGACAAAAAGCUGAAGUCUCUAGAGCGCUGUCAGUCGUUGGAGGAGAUCCAGCGUCUCUUUGAAUCUGCAGACUAUAAGUCUGUGGUGCGUCUGCUGCAGCCCACUCUUAAUUAUGGCAGCAGGAGUAAACCUCUGGAGUUUGUGAGCUCAGCACCAGAGAGGCCGGCUCAGCUGCUGCUGCUGCAGAACUCGCUGUUGAAGCUUGAGGACUACCAGCAGUGUUUGGAGUGCAGCGAGCUGGCUCUUAAUGAAGCCCUACAGCAGCUCAACUCAGGUCCAAACAGCUCUCUCCCGAGUAAGGAGGAGUGGGUCAGGACCAUCGGAAAGUUGCUGGAUGGCAUAGAGGUCUGCUUCACCAAAGACUUGGUGCUUCUAAGUAAUGUCCCACACUUGUCAAACAUGGCUCGACUGGCAAACAACCUCAUCCAGUUGAUUGAUCUAAGCAUGAGCGUUUCGGACGAUCCCAAGGAGCCUUACUUCUUCUCAGUUCUGCCUUGGAUUAUCCUGUAUCGCAUCAUCAGACACGAGGAGGCUGCUUUUGACUGCAUGCUUCGACAGCAUAUCUCCAUAGGGGAUGAUGAAGAUGACUCAGACACUCCCAUGCUUCCCUCCUCCUUGAUGCUUCUGAACACAGCCCAUGAGUAUCUUGGCCGUCGCUCUUCGUGCUGCUACUCAAAUGGUGCACUGCUCAAGUUCUUUGUCCAAGUUUUGGAAAAAGAGUUCGCAGCCGCUUUAAAGAGUGACCCUCAUCCAUACAAAGAAGAGUUAGAGAUGGCCCUGGAGCAGUGCUUCUUCUGCUUAUAUGCCUACCCCAGUAAGAAGAGCAAGGCCCGCUACCUGGAGGACCACUCAUCCCCACAGGUCGAGCUGCUGUGGAGUGAUGCUCUCUUCAUGUUCAAGUACUUCAAACCAAAGUCGCUGCCUGAGUUUGACAGCUACAAGACGAGCACAGUGUCAGCGGAACUAGCCAAUCUGCUGAGGAGGUUUGCUGGCAUUGCCCCACAGAGUGACAUCCCCACCCUCACCAUGGAUGAAGUGGCAGCCUACAUUGAGUGCAUGACAGAGAAGGCCCCGGGUCUUCCUGAGGGUACUCCUCCUGCACCUCCAAUCAUUGAUGAGAUCUACUACCUGCUGGCUGAUUACCAUUUCAAAAACAAGGAGCAGUCCAAAGCCAUCAAGUUCUACAUGCAUGACAUAUGCGUGUGUCCCAACAGGUUUGAUUCCUGGGCAGGUAUGGCUUUAGCUAGAGCCAGCCGCAUCCAGGAGAAGCUCAACUCCAACGAGCUGAAAAGUGACGUUCCUAUAUGGAAACACUCCCAGGCAGUGCUCAACUGCUUCAAGAGAGCCCUGGAGAUAGACAGCUCUAACCUGUCUCUGUGGAUUGAGUACGGUACCAUUUCAUAUGCGCUGCAUUCAUUUGCUUCACGGCAGCUCAAGCAGUGGCGCAAUGAGCUGCCUCCAGAGGUGGUUAAACAGAUGGAAGAAAGGAGAGACUCCAUGCUCGAGACGGCGUUACAGUGUUUCCAGGGAGCUUCACGUUGUGAGUGUGACAGUGAUGAAGAAGAGUGGCUCAUUCACUACAUGCUGGGGAAGAUAGCAGAGAAACGCAAACAGUCUCCAAUUGAAUACCUGCAGCUUUACAAGAAGGCAGCAAACUACCUGCAUGAAGAAGCUGCAAGGUACCCCCGAAAAAUCCAUUACCAUAACCCCCCUGACCUGGCUAUGGAGGCCCUGGAGCUGCACUUCCGUCUCGGUGCAACAAUCCUAAAACUACUUGAGGGUUUUAAGCCUGAUCUGGAUCAUGAGCCAUUGUUUAAUUUGCUGUGUGAGGCUGCCACUGGGCCGUUUGCCAGAGGGGAGGAGAAGAGUAUGCCAAGUAUGCCCAGGUCCAGUGAAAAGGAGAAACCCCCCUCCAUGAUGGAUGAAGACUUUAACUCCUCGUCAGCGUGCAUAGGCCCCCUCAGCUCCUGCAUAGGCAACCUCAGCUCCUCCCUUCCAUCAGCUGCCACCCCAGGUCUCACAUCCCCUCCUUAUGUGGCCACACCGUUUGACCACGAUUACGCCAAACGCAAAACACUCCGGCGGCAGCAGUGGCAGCAGCAACGGCAUGAGGAGCAGCAGGCUGAUGCCUCACCAGAGUUUGACCAUGAUUACUGCCUGCCCAGGUCUGCAAUAUGGCCGGCUUCCCUGAAUGAGCGCAGUCAGGACAGCGAGGUGGUAAUGCUCUCUGACUCCAACUCCACCCAAGAUGCCUUCACUGAUCCCGCCAGCUCUCAGGACAGCAGCCACAAACCAGUGUCUGUGAAAGCUUGUUCAUCAUCAUCAGAAAGCACAACUCCGGUGAAGGAUGGGCAGUCUGCAUUAGAGGACACGGUACCACAUGGAGAACAUUCUGGCAUCCAGGUGGAAGAAAAAGUCAUCCAGGAAGUUGUUGAAUCUAUGGUGGUGACACUACCAGAGACUUUGGGCCCCAAGGUCUCUGCAGACCCAUGUCCCAUUCCCCUUCCCCUUCCUGUCCCAGCCACCCCUCCAAAGCCGCCCCUCUCUCAACAAUCCGCUCCUCAAACCCCAGCCAGCGAGGGAAAGAGGAAGCCAGAGCCCCCCAUCGAGGUUAUUGAGGUGCCUAAAGCGCUUCCUACAGAACGUGCCGACCAGCGACGGAUGCUGGUGGACAUGUGCGUCCGUGCUCUCUUCCUCUGCCUCGGCCGCUUCCCUCAGCACUACAAGAGCCUGUACCGCCUGGCCUUCUUCUACAGCAACAGCAAGACCCAUCAGAACCUACAGUGGGCCCGAGAUGUGUUGCUAGGAAGCAGUGUCCCAUGGCAACAGCUGAAGCACAUGCCAGCACAAGGACUUUUCUGUGAAAGAAACAAGACGAACCUGUUCAAUGGCAUCUGGCGUAUUCCAGUUGAUGAGAUUGAUCGCCCAGGGAGUUUUGCAUCUCAUAUGAACCGAUCCAUUGUCCUCUUGCUGGAGGUGCUGUCUCAGCUCAAGGAUCACGAUACUCUGCUGAAAGUCUCUUUCAUGCUGCAGAGAACCCCUGACCAGGGAAAGAAGUAUUUACGGGAUGUUGAUCGCCAGGUUUUGGCCAAGAGAGCAUUUUUCCUAAAUGUAAAAGUCCUGGAGGACAAUCUCAACAAUCUCUCAGGGGUGUCUGAGCAGCUUCCCAAAGCGCCUGCGCCCUCCAUGGGGGAGAUGACCACAACAGACGCAUCCAACAGGCCCAGCUCUGAGGACAGCAAACAUGCACCACCUAAGAAGCCUGGGCUCACAGAGGGAGCUGUUUCCACUGACACAGGGCCCAAGGAAGUCUCUCAGGCACAAGUCAUUGUUCCACCGACAUCCAUAGAUAAAGGGACUAAGGUUCAGGAGAGCUGCCCCGGCAAGGUGGAGACUGCUGGGAGUGAGGGGCAGAAAGCAGGGCCAGAAGAUCCCAUGGAGCUGGAUGCUGGUAACUGGAGGAGGCCCACUACCACCACUGACUUUCAGGGCAACCAAACAGAGUCUGAGAGCACUUUGAGUGCUGUGGGGCCCCAGCAGAAAGUCAUUGACAAUGUGCGGACACCAGAGCUGUCUCUAGAGGAGCUGAGUAUCAGUUCCAGGCAGCAGCAGCUCCAAAGCUUAGCACCCAAGGUCGUGGUGGCGGCCAGCGGGACUGAUCAGGUCUCAGUACGAAGGCCAAACAGGAAGAGGAAGCUUCUGGAGGAUGUGGAGUCUGGAAAAACCUUGCUGCUGGACGCCUACAGGGUUUGGCAGCAGGGCCAGAAGGUCAUGACCUACGACCUUGGACGCAUUGAGAAGAUCAUGUCGGAGACGUACAUGCUCAUUAAACAGGUGGAUGAGGAUGUAGCUCUGGAUCAAGCUGUGAAGUUCUGCCAGAUACAGUUGGCCACUUCUGCCCAAAGACAGUCUGCAGGCGACGCCCCCACUACGCCAAAAUACACCAAGGAUCACCGAGACAUCUUCUUCCCCGCCUCCCUGCCCACACCUGUCCUCCUCAGCCACACCGCCUGCCACCCACUCUCCACCCAGGACAGCCCGGCCAAAGCGCUCUACGAGCCUCUGAGCAAACUGAACAGACCUCUGGCCUCAGGCUUCCACGACCAGACGCAGCACAGGAGAGCAGCUAGCCACUCUGCAGCCGCCAUGGCCUUCCUACCACACACAGAGGAGCGAGAGGAGCCCUUAGAGGGACUUUCGUACCGACAGCAGGAGUCCCACCUUUGUCAGCAGAUGAAACUGGCCACUGUAUCUCAGGGGCAGGAGGCAGCAGUGGGCUGGUUUCAGGAAGAGACUGCCACAUGUAGCACCGCACAAACAUGCCCAGACCAGCAGCAGUACGCCAGCAAUGAGCAGUCAAAGCUUCCAGACCCCAACAGAAUCCGCUCGCGGGUCCCUCCCAACAUGCCAAAGCUUUUCAUCCCGUCCACCGUUACCAAGUUCCCGCCAGAAAUCACAGUAACACCCCCAACACCCACGCUCCUCUCCCCCAAAGGCAGCAUCUCAGAGGAAACCAAACAAAGACUUAAGAACGUCAUCCUGUCAUCUCAGUCUGCAGCCACGGUCAAAAAGGACACUCUGAGCCAGCCAGCCCUCGAGGUGCAGGAGACGUCCAGCCAGGAGUCGUCUCUGGAGAGCGAGUCUGACGAGGAGGAGGAGGAGGACGACUACAUGGACAUCUGAGCUCUGAUAGCUCCGAGUGAACGCUCAAACUGAACGAGGCUGGCUGCUCUGCCGCCUCUCUCUGCCAAACCCCAUGCCCCUGUCUUUAAAAAAAAAAAGGAAUGGUACACGUCUCUGCAGCUGUCUUUGUUGAUGCUAUUGUUCCGUCACGUGCAUUACAAAAUACAAUGCAGUAUUCUCAUCGCCUGUCAUGUCACCAUGUUGCACGUGACAGGCGAUGAUGGCUUUAGUCCCACAGCAUGUCCGUAAUGUGCCAUUUAUGCAUAUCACACAUCAGCUUUUGGAGCUCUCCUGCACCCAGCGGGAUCCGGCAACAAAUGCAGUCAGCCUUUUAUUGCCAAUCGGUCCCGUAUUUAUGCAUCUAUUUUUUUAACGGUGUUUGCUAAAUGUACCUCCGAGCCGCAGCUAAAUCCUUGUCUGAGAACUCGCCGAUCUGAGGUGCCUCAGUCCAGACUGACACGCAGCAGCAUGAACCUGCUGUCCUCCACUUUGAACUUUUACUUUGGCAUGAGAAUUUCUUCUGCAAGAUAUUACAUCGGUACACAAAACAUUUGAGUGAACACAGAGGUGAAUUAUGGACAAUCGGCUGCACUCAAGGUUUGUCCGUGGAGCUGAGCGUCCACACAGCCUCACAACCUGUAGCAGAUUGGAAAUGUUUACACUUAAUAUUUGGGAUGUUUUCUUUUAGCACUAAACUUUGUGCUAUUUUUGUACUCACUGUAUUUCUUGUAAUAUUUCGUCUUCUGUAUAUUUUUCUUUUCUUCGGUGUGCAUUUGUAGCGAAGAGGAACAGUUCAUACCAGGAAGUGUCCUGUCACCAGCACUGAUCUGAAUGAAACGCAGAGAGGUUUCAGUCAUUAUAAAUUAGCUUUUGUACACUGAAUGAUCCGAGAAUCUUUUCAACAUGUUUGGCUUUAAUAGGUGGAGUAUUAAACUGGGGAAGUGUGUGCGUGUGUGAGAGCGUCACCAUUAAGAUGAGGAUCACUUCAAUUUCAAACUGCAGGAAACGACUCACUAUUAGCAGACGUGUUAAGCGACCGGUCUUGAGUCCAGUGGAACUAAAUGCAUGAAGAAGACUUUCUAAUACUGAUGCCUUUCCUUAGGAACUGUUUGGGUAAAUUAGUCACAAUUCUAGUUUAACUCAGAGAAGACAAGAGAAUGUUUUUUACAGAUUGUUUUCUAUACAAAGAAAGAUAUUUACUGAUCGUGUUUCUUGAAAGCUGUCUACAAAUAAUUUUAAAAAGAAACACAAAUGAUUAAUUAUAAACUAUCACCCUUGUUGAAAAGAGAAAUUGUUUUGUAUUUUGUUUCAUAGUUUUUGUUUAUUUUUUGUUGUAAAAUAGUUUUCUAAUGUUCUGCUGAGCUUCUGGGAAUGUACCACGGUUUAAGAGGUGAGCGGGCUGAAGCCCCCACGCUCAGCCUGCUAAGGGGAACUGUUCUCUGUCUGGACUGAAUGCAUUAUAGAUGUCAAACCAAAAUAUAUUUGAGAAACAUG